CCUCCAACCAUCCCAACCCUCCACCUUCGCUCCCUUUCCCAUAACCACAAAAACUAUGUUUGCUCUCUCUCCAACGCUCUUUCGAAACGUGGAAGGGGCGAUAAGAUCACGCCAAUCAUUGGUUUCAUGUCUAUCGCUUGCUACCCUCAGCCGCAAUUAUACUACAAGCACACUCAAAGGCCCUUCGCCACCAAUUUUGGUUGAUAAACGACCUAUUGUGAUCACCGGGCCUUCUGGGAGCGGGAAAUCAACUCUUAUUGAGAAGCUAUUUCAAGAAUACCCCUCAACUUUUGGAUUUAGUGUAUCUCAUACAACACGAAAGCCAAGACCUGGAGAGAAGGAUGGUAUCGCGUAUCACUUUGUCACAGAAGAUGAGAUUCAAGAAUUAAUCAAUCAAGAUCGGUUUCUAGAACACGCAGUCUUUUCUGGGAACCAUUACGGAACCAGUAAGAAAGCUGUUCAAGAUGUUUUUGAGAGUGGCAAGAUUUGUAUCUUGGAUAUUGAUCUUCAGGGUGUACAACAUGUCCGUAAAUCAGGUUUACAGGCUCGAUAUGUUUUUGUACGACCUAAAAGUUUAGACACCUUGGAGACCCGUUUAAGAGGACGAGGAACAGAAACAGAGGAAGCGAUUCAGAAACGGUUACACCGGGCCAAAAACGAAUGGGGCUAUGGUAUGGACCCUAGCAACUUUGACCAUGUAGUCAUCAACGACCAACUGAAGAAGGCGUAUGAAGACUUGCGAGACUUUAUCUUUUCUUCACAAGCAAGCAAAAAAACUUAAUAAAAGGCCUGACGAUUGUGACUGCCUUGAAUUGGCGCAAGAUCACCCUCUUAUUGUU